CCGAGAACCCAGUAGCAUACGUUGCAGAAACAAAGGCCAUUCUGAACAAUGUGUUGUCAAUACUUGUGGGUUGUCCACCAGAGGGAUUCCCUGGAUUGUACGAUGGUAAAUCAACCAGGAAGAGCCGCUACUGGAACACAAAAAAAGGAAUUUUUGGUCAUAUCCUGAGUUUUGCUGGAGUCGUCGAAGAUCACGCAAAAGGAACAUUGCACUUUCAUAUCAUCUUAUUUGGUUCGGUCACAUCCUAUGUUCUACAAGAAUUAGGCAACGUAGCAGGAAUUUGCAAAAAAGUGCAAGAAGUUUUGGAUGCCAUCUACAAGGCUAAGUUUACAGCUACAACAAACUUUUGCAAUGUUUUGACCAGAAAAUUGAAGGAAUCAACUGCAUUGCGACACAUGGCAAAGUCAAGGAUCACACCAGCCUUACUACAAUUGACUAACCCAAUUAGCAUCUUACAAGCACAUGGUGUGGAUAGAAGGUUAAGCACAAUGAAAAAGCUGGAAAAUAUCACUGCUGACCAGAGGGCUCAGACUUUGUAUCAUGUACAUCAUAGAACAUGCAAGAAAGGAUUUCAUGGUCGCAAGAGAUGCCGAUUUGCCAAGAAAUCAGGUGUUUGCAAUGGCACUCAUUGUGUGCUGCUUGAACCAAUCACAAAAAAAGCAUCAGAAAGAAGGGGUGAAGUGGCUUCAUCAGCAAUACAAGAACAGGAUGGUGUUGGUCCUAACCAUGAUGAUGUAAUGGUGAGCUCUGAGAAUCUUAAAGAGCAACAGCAAACUGACAAGAAGAAGGACUACAAAAUAGGGAAACUUGAACCUAUUGUACAACCAACUUAUUGUCUGAAAAGCCCACUGGACAGUUCUAUAAGAAAACCCAUUAUUGUGUGGGAGCUAGAUAGACCAGUUCCUAAACUGCCAGAUGGAUGUGGAUCAAAUAUCUGUUGGUUUAAACAACAAGGCUUCUUCAGGCUUCCUGCUGGUUCCGACAAAUCCAUCAGAAUGACAAUCAUUAACAAUUUCCGCAAACUGCUGAAUGAUAAUAAUGACACAGUGGAAGAAUGUCCCUACAAUGGAGCACACAAAAUCUGGAAAUUCAUCAGAGUGGAGAAGAUUGACUUAGUGAAAGCAUUCUACUCACAGUGCGUUGAAGCUUUGUACACUGCAAAUCAAUAUGCCGUGGACCACAGUGUACCACUUUUCUACUGCACAGGAUCACACAACAAUACAGUGCUUCUAGGUGGUAUUCAGCAAUCAAAAUCAGCCAUGUUCUACAUUGCACCCUACAUGGCAAAAGAAAAGGCGUCACUUGCAGCAUGUCUCACUAUACUCGAACAGGCAAGAAAAGAGGUCAAGAAAUUUAAAAGCAAAGCUGAUGACAGUACAAUGAAGCCACAAGAGAGGCUUGCAAAACAUUUCCUUUCAAAGGUGACAAAUAAGCUAAACGCUUAUACAGAACUUUCGGAUUAUCAAACCGUUGCAUACUUGCUUCAAGUCCCUUCCAUUAUCACCUCUGAGCUGUUUAAUUACAGUGAACCCUGGGGGGCAAUGAACUACCGCAAGAAGCUUAUAGAAAACGAUGAUGACGACAAAGAAAUAUAUCUUGGCUACAUCCGAAACUUCAUAAUCGAGAAAGGGGAAGAUGGUAAUCGAGAUAUAAAAAUGGCGGUUCCAGUUGUUGCAAUGUAUUUUCACAGGGGUAAAGAGCUGGCGCAUCUUAGCCUAUACGAGUAUGAUGCAAUGAUUCAAGUGAAGCCAUUGCCAAUGAAUGAGGAACACAAAAACUCGACAAGAUCAAAAUGGUUCAAAUUUGAAGGAGGUUUUCAUUUACAAGCAAGAUUUGGACAAACACUGUGUGCUAAGCAACGCACACAAAUCUUCAAAGGAAAAGUGCCAAAAAGUGCUGGUAAAAGACCAAAGGAGGAUCAUCCAAGCUAUUCAAGCUGGAAGAAGACAGCCAACUUGUAUGCCAACUAUAUUCUUACUAUGUUUCGACCGUGUGAAAUAUACAAAGGAUUGCAGCAAAGAAUGUUAGUCACACAAAGAUUUGUUUGGGAUGAUUUGCUUGCAUGGAUCAAGUCAUCGCAAGAAGACCAAAGUGUCAUUUCAAAGUUUCGCCUUAUGGCUGUGGAUAGAAGAAUGAAUUGUCUUGCUUCUGAUUUCCAAACCAAGAAAAUCUUAUCCGAGUAUCGCGCUCGAGAUGCUGACCACUGGUCUAUUGAGGAUCAGCAACAAUACAAGCGUCGAAUGGAGUACGAUAAAUAUUUUGAGCAACAAAGUGCUGCAGCAUUUAUGGAUGAGGAAGACUUUGAAGCACGGUUUGAUGAAUUGGAUCAAAGAGCACGAACUACCGCAACUAAGAUGAAUUCAGACGCAGAAUUAUUUGCAAACUCAGCAAGCAUCUUACCCCAAAAAAGUUUAUGCAAUGCCAUCGAAGGCAAACAAAGAUCUAAAUAUGAUGCUGCUGUUAGUGUAAAUCCUCAAUGGAGCAAAAAGUGCUCAAUGAUACAUGACAAACAUGUGAGCACUUUUACAAAAGACAACGAUGUAGAAGAGACCACAUUAUCACAAAAUGGGUGUUUUCAUGAACAAAAUCAUGUUACCACAUUGUCAUUGAAUAAGGAUCAAGUGCAGAUAGUGAACAUGUACAAAGAUUAUUUGGAGAAUCCGGACAAUCCAGUUAUACCUAUACCUCCUCCAGUUGUGCUCUUAACUGGCAAAGGAGGCACUGGAAAAAGUUUUGUGAUUCAUGCAUUGCUUGAGCAUAACAACGCAAAGGAAACAAAGUGUGUUUUGACUUUGGCUUCCAACAAUCUAAAUGCAGCCGAUA